CGGAACGGUCGAUUGCGGAUGAAUGCGUUACGCGAGGGAGAAACGAGGGGAAGAGGGGCAACCUCGCCUCGCCUCGCUUCGUUUCGUAUGUCAUCGCACCGUGCCGUCACGAACACACGCAAACCGACCAAGCGCAUAGCUGGUGUAACAAGUAAAACCAGUCAUUCAUCAGUGUUUUGUGGUUUUAACACCGAAUUAACAGUUUACUCGUGUUUAAUCUUACAAGUUUUGUGAUGUUUAAAUAAAAAUUGAGCGAAAAUUUUGUAUUGUGUUAUGAAAAGUGCAUUAAAAACUUUCGUGCGUAUUCGUCUACAUUCGGCGUCACACGUCACGAUGUGAUAACUUGGCAUUGUGUGACGUUUGUUUUUAUCUCGCUCUUGCUCCAACGAAGGAGAGAGAAAACAAAUCUAAGCCCGCGAGUUUUAAAAAUAAAAAUAAACAGCAAAUUUAUCGAUGGGCACGAAAAGUAAGAAGAUUUUAGAGGAAAUACAUCCUUUAAGUUUAAUCCAGGAAGUGCAAAAAUGGCCGGUUAUAUACGUGAAGGACAAUCCGGACAGAACAAACCAUCACUUCAAGAAUAAAGUGUGGCACGAAAUAGCAAAGAAGCUGUUCACUGAUUGGGAAACUUACACUGAUUGGGAGAAGGAAUCCAAAGUUACAGAUUUAAUGAAGAAAUGGCGGAACCUUCGUGACACAUUCAAAAGACAAAUAGAAACGGAGAAAAAGAUAAGAGAAGGUCAAGAUAUUAAGAAAAAAACAUACGUUUUUUUCAAACACAUGCUGUAUCUGUUACCUCAUAUGUCAACUUCCGGAGAUGCAGCAUCCGAUCCCGCCGUCGAACCUAAACUCGACGAGUACUUUAAAAGAUCAACAAAGAGAUCAUCAUCAAACAAACAACAAGACAGAAAGGUUAAAAGAGAGAAACGUCUUGAGAAACACAUGCCUAUAAAUUCUGUAAUAAUUCCUGAGAUGCCUUCAAGAUCAGCAGAUAUAGAGGAUUUAAUAGACGAAGACAAACAUUUCUUAAUGUCUCUUGUACCGUCUUUCAAACGAAUGAACGACGAUGAAAAGCUCGAGGCGAAAGUUAAAAUUCUCAAAGUUAUUAAAGGUAUAAGAAGAAAUAAAAGCAACGCUGAUUCCCUAGAAUGUAAUUCCGUAACUGAUACCUUGUCGUAUAAUUUAGAUGAUAUUGCUUAUAAUGACGUCAAAGUGGAGAUGGUCACAGAUGAUGUCGAUGAGUGUGAGAGUCAGUCCAAUGCUUCGGAGUCUGAUGGUGCUGAUAAUUCUGAUUAGAUAAAUACCUGAGUUGAUUUUAAGAUAAGAUAUACAAGAUGUGUGGACAAACUAAUAAAACCCCUCAAAGCGCUGUGGAGUGAGCUAUGUUACUCUCAGGUAGGUAGAUAUUACUCUCAGGGAUAAAAUCUGGAACGAGGAAAUUCCCAGAAGAACAAAAGUGACCGACAUAGCUCUAAGGAUUAGCAAGCUGAAGUGGCAAUGGGCAGCUCAUGUCUGUCGCAGAACCGACGGCCGAUGGGGCAGACGUGUUCUCGAGUGGAGACCGCGUACCGGUAAGCGCAGUGAGGGACGCCUUCAGCCCGCUGGACCAAUGACCUGAAGAAGGUGGCGGGGAGAGGGUGAAUGAGGAAGGCGGAGGUCCUUGUUUGGUGGCGCGCUCUUGGAAAGGCCUUGGAUGUCCAGUAAUAGACGCAUACAUUCUGAUAGACUGGAAGAAAAGAUUAUAGUAGGGAACACUGGCUGAAUUGAUUGUUAUUAUUGUUUUCAUCUAAAAUGCAACAAGACAAGAAGUCAUUGUGGCUAGUUUUUAACCGACUUCCAAAAAGGAGAAGGUUCUCAAUUCGUCAGAAUCUUUUUUUUUUGUUGUACAAAAUCUCUAAACUAAACUAAAUUGAAUUGAGUUAAUAAAUUGGUCUAAAUGCUGUCCUUAUUAGCAGGAAACAUUAUGAAUGGAAUAUUAAUUAAAUAUGUUUAGACCGGUAUUUUAGAUUAGAAAUUGUAUUAACAGCUGUAAUAGUUAUUUAUGUAUUUAAAUUAAUUUAAAAGUAAAUAUUAUAAUAUUUAAGUUGAAAAUUUCGGUAAUUUAAAAGAUUUAAGUUAGUCCAUUCCAUCGUUUCGAUAUUAUGUUCUGUUAAAAAUGAGAUCGCUAACCUAAGGAAAAGAAAAAUAUAUUUUUUGUAAACCUU